UUUUGGGCUCUCUUGGAUGGUGCCCAUUUACAACUCGUUUACAUUAUUUAAACAUUUAAUUCGUGCUAGACCAGCAUCACUGCAAUUUAGCAUACGCUGCAUGAAUUUGUAAUUCGGGUGUUCUAUUUAUAAAACUAAAAAGGACAUCAUGUCGAAGAAGUGUACGAUUUGCCGUCUUGGUUUGGCUUUCUUCGUGAUGGCGGGAAGUCUUCUUUUACUUGACUUUUCACUCAAGUAUCGGUAUAAACCUACUUACAUACGAACUAAAGGAGAUGACAGUAAAGUCUUCGAUAACAGCUGGCAAUUACGUAAUGUAACUGCACGUACUGAACAUAUACAGGAGAUAAUUUUUUACGGCGAAAACGAAAGUGAUCAUCAUAGCAAAACGGAAAGCAAUAAGCACAGUGAGCAUGGGGGAGAUUCCAUGAGUCUAAAGCAAAUAGGAUCAGGUAAGAAUAGUAAGGAAUGUGGAUCAGCUUCAAACUACACGAAACAUGGACAUGGGUUUCAAAUUGUUGGGUAUAACUAUACUCAUGUGAAAGACUGCUUAGCUCGAGGAUGUGAACUAAAUGACAAGAGGUCUCCUGUCAAGAUCCUAUCAUGUGAUACUGCAGCGGAUAAAAGAGUGGCUGAAAAGGUGACAGUAGUUGUGAAAACAAUCCAGAGGUUAACAAGUGUUAUGCGGCUUAUAGAAUCAUUACACAGUUUUUACCCAGGGGUGAAAGUCAUUGUUGUUGACGACCACUUUAACAUCACUCUUCCUUCUCCUGAACAAGUAAAAAGCAUGCACCGACUUUGGCGGGAAUUUAUGGCCAAGUUUCAUGGUUUAGUGAAGUAUAUCAAACUACCUGGAAAUGCUGGACUUGCCAAAGGCAGGAACACAGGCCUUAAAGAUGUGAAAUCUGAAUACUUUCUUCUUCUUGAUGACGAUUUUAUCAUAACUAAUCAAACAAACAUCACAAAGAUGGUAGAUAUUUUGGAUAGAACUGAUCUGACACUCGUAGCAGGCACUUUGGCAAAUAACGGGCCUUUCAUUUGUGUUUUAAGAAUACAUCCCAGUAGUACUGGAUCUAGUUUACAACCAUGUGAGUAUAUGAAUAUGGCAUAUGAAGAAGUGCCUUCCUUUCCAUCCUGUUAUGCAGUAGACUAUGUUUUAAACCUUUUCCUUGCCAGGACUAAAAACAUUCGUGAGAUUGGAGGUUGGAAUAAUAACCUAUUGGUAAAUGAACACAGAGAUUUCAUGUUUCGUCUAAGAAAAGCUGGUUAUAAGAUUGCGGUGUGCACUGAUAUAGAAUUACAGCAUAAACGAAUUAAAUCUAUAAAAUACGACUUGGGUUACAGGAAAGUGGCGCUACAUAAGUAUAGUGCAAUUUUUCAAAAGGAAUGGAACAUCAGUGAGCCGAUUUCUUACACCGAACCGCGACUGUACUAUAACUAUAUAUGCAAUCAUUAAUUCAGUCUAAGUUAUUACAGGAUUUGGAAAUGUUUUUUCAAUAACUUCACAUAUCACUUUUGAUGUGAAUGCAUUAAUUGCUAUUCUUGCGUUUUGUAUCAAGUUCUCUCUGAAGCUCAGGGUGAUUUUGACCGACUGUUCUCGAAACUCGAAAGCGAGUGAAGAAACGGGAGCACCCUAUUUUUAUAUAUCGCUGGGGUGACAGUGUAUUAUCUCACACAUAUGUUUCAACAAAUUUAUUUUGAA